UACGGUAUCUAAUUUCUGUUGGGCUGAGGUCGGUCAGGAACAUGGCGAAUUCUUCCCUCCCCACCAAACAAUUCCUCUCCGCCCAAUCCUCGUCGGACUACCGAUCUUUGCAACGGCGCGGUCACCUCAAUCUCCCGUCUCCAGCCCUCAAAUUCUCUAGUCCUCGAUCCCGCCACAAGAAGCUCGUAAUACAGGCAGCUGGGAAUACAUUUGGAACUUACUUCCGUGUUACCAAAUUUGGAGAAUCUCAUGGUGGUGGUGUUGGUUGUGUAAUUGAUGGAUGCCCUCCUAGGCUUCCAAUUUCUGAAGCUGAUAUGCUAGUAGAGCUCAACAGAAGGUAAUGGUGUGAAUGGCAGUUGUUUCUGCUUCGUAAUUCUGUACUUUAGCUUACGUAGUUAUGUGUGUAGUUGCGUGUAUGAUCACUUUGUUUUGAGAUAAUUAGUUGGGAUUCGGGAACUUAAUUCGA